UGUGUGCGCGUGUGAACAGCGAGGAUAUCUUAAUUGGACAUGUGAGUUACGGGAGAUAACAAACACCGAAGAUGAAGUUCCCAGCUUGCGUCCUCGUCACUCUGGUGGUGAUCCGAUCGAGCGCGGCGCAGUCAGUUUGCCCCGGUACGGAGAACAAACUGAGCACCCUGUCCGAUCUGGACCAGCAGUACCGCACCCUGAAGAAGCUCUACGAGAACUGCGAGGUGGUCAUGGGGAAUCUGGAGAUCACCAGCAUCGACCGCAACCGCAACCUCUCCUUCCUCAAGUCGAUCCGAGAGGUGACCGGCUACGUGUUGGUGGCGCUGAACCAGUUCGACUACCUUCCCCUGGAGAACCUGCGGAUCAUCCGAGGCACCAAGCUGUACGAGGGCCGCUACUCGCUGGCCAUCUUCCUCAACUACAGACGGGACGGCUACUACGGCCUGAGGCAGCUGGGUCUGCGAAACCUCACAGAGAUCUUGAAUGGGGGUGUUUAUGUGGACCAGAAUAAAUUCCUGUGCCAUGCCGACACCAUCCACUGGCGCGACAUUAUCAAGAACCACCAGGCCGAGCUGCUGGUCGUCCCGUCGAACAACAGCAACCUUGGAUGCAGGCGAUGCCAUCGCUCCUGCAACGGACGGUGCUGGGGCCAUCAGGAGGACCAGUGUCAGACGUUGACAAAAACGGUGUGUGCAGAGCAGUGUGACGGGCGAUGCUUCGGGCCUUACGUCAGCGACUGCUGCCAUCGAGAAUGCGCCGGCGGCUGCUCCGGCCCCAAGGACACGGACUGCUUCGCCUGCACCAAUUUCAACGACAGCGGCGCGUGCGUGACCCAGUGCCCUCAGCCGUUCGUGUACAACCCCACGUCCUUCCAGCUGGAGCACAACCCCAGAGCCAAGUACACCUACGGAGCCUUCUGCGUCAAGAAGUGUCCACAUAACUUUGUGGUGGACCACAGCUCCUGCGUCAGAGCGUGUCCCAGCAACAAGAUGGAAGUGGAGGAGAACCGGAUCAAAAUGUGCAUCCCCUGCACUGACAUCUGCCCCAAAGUGUGCGACGGGAUCGGGACGGGCAGCCUGCAGACGGCCCAGACCGUGGACGCCAGCAACAUCGAUAAGUUUGUCAACUGCACCAAAAUCAAUGGCAACCUCAUCUUCCUCAUCACGGGAAUUAAAGGGGACAUGUAUCACGGGAUUGGGCCGCUGGAUCCGGAUCGCCUCAACGCCUUUCGCACUGUGAAGGAGAUCACAGGUUUCCUCAACAUUCAGUCUUGGCCCGAGAACAUGACGGAUCUGAGCGUUUUCUCCAGUCUGGCGACCAUCGGAGGCCGAUCUCUGUACAGUGGAAGCGGUAUUUCUCUUUUGAUCCUCAAGCAGCGUUGGAUCUCCUCCCUCCAGUUCCAGUCGCUGGACGAGAUCAGCGCGGGAAACGUGUACAUCUUUAACAACAGCCGCCUCUGCUUCUACAACACCGUCAACUGGACGUCGCUGUUCAGGACCCCGAGUCAAAAAGUCCUCAUCCGCAACAAUCGGGAUCCGAGUGAAUGCACCCAGCAGCGGAUGGUGUGCGAUCGGAUGUGCUCGGACGACGGCUGCUGGGGCCCGGGGCCCGACCAGUGCCUCUCCUGCCGCUACUUCCGCCGGGGUCGGACCUGCGUUGAAUCCUGCAACCUCUUCGACGGGGAUGUGCGCGAGUUCGCCAACGGAUCCGUGUGCCUGGAGUGCGACGGCCAGUGUGAGAGGAUGGAUGGGAACAGCAUGACCUGCCUCGGCCAGGGUCCGGACCAGUGCGUCAAAUGCCUCCACUUCAAAGACGGACCCAACUGCGUUGAGAAGUGCCCCGACGGGUUGCAGGGGGCCAACAGUUUUAUCUUCAAAUACGCCAAGGCCAACAACGAGUGUCAUCCCUGCCACGCCAACUGCACCCAGGGGUGCAUCGGGCCGAGGCUCCAAGAUUGUGUUGGGAUGAUGGACAGGACGCCCCUAAUAGCAGCUGGCAUCAUCGGCGGCCUAUUCAUCAUCGUCAUCCUGGCGCUGAGCGUGGCCGUUUAUGUCCGGCGCAAGAGCAUCAAGAAGAAGCGAGCCUUGAGGCGCUUCUUAGAGACGGAGCUGGUGGAGCCCCUGACCCCCAGCGGAACGGCGCCGAACCAGGCCCAGCUGCGGAUCCUGAAAGAGACGGAGCUGAAGCGGGUCAAGAUCUUGGGUUCGGGAGCUUUUGGAACCGUCUACAAGGGCAUCUGGGUCCCAGAAGGCGAGACGGUGAAGAUCCCCGUCGCUAUUAAAAUCCUCAACGAGGCCACCGGCCCCAAGGCCAACGUGGAGUUCAUGGACGAGGCCCUGAUCAUGGCCAGCAUGGAGCACCCCCACCUGGUGCGUCUUCUGGGGGUCUGCCUGAGCCCCACCAUCCAGCUGGUGACCCAGCUCAUGCCGCACGGCUGCCUCCUCGACUACGUGCACGAGCACAAGGACAACAUCGGAUCGCAGCUGCUGCUCAACUGGUGUGUCCAGAUCGCCAAGGGGAUGAUGUACCUGGAGGAGAGGAGGCUGGUGCACCGGGAUCUGGCGGCCCGGAACGUGCUGGUGAAAUCGCCGAAUCACAUCAAGAUCACCGACUUCGGCUUGGCGCGACUCCUGGACGCCGACGAGAAGGAGUACAACGCAGACGGGGGAAAGAUGCCCAUUAAAUGGAUGGCUCUGGAGUGCAUCCACUACCGGAAGUUCACCCAUCAGAGCGACGUGUGGAGCUACGGAGUGACCAUCUGGGAGCUGAUGACCUUCGGGGGCAAGCCCUACGACGGCAUCCCCACGCGGGAGAUCCCGGACAUCCUGGAGAAAGGGGAGCGCCUGCCGCAGCCGCCCAUCUGCACCAUCGACGUCUACAUGGUCAUGGUUAAAUGUUGGAUGAUUGAUGCAGACAGCCGACCGAAGUUCAAGGAGCUGGCUGCAGAGUUCUGCAGAAUGGCUCGUGACCCCCAGCGGUAUCUGGUCAUCCAGGGAGACGACCGCAUGAAGCUUCCCAGUCCCAAUGACAGCAAGUUCUUCCAGAGCCUGCUGGACGAGGAGGAUCUGGAUGACCUGAUGGAUGCCGAGGAGUACCUGGUGCCUCGAGGUUUCAACGUGGCUUCGCAGUCGUGCACGACCCGGCCCAGGGUGGACUCCAACAGAAACCAGUUUGGCUAUAGAGACGGCGGUCCAAACCCAGCAGAGGGACCCCUGGCGGGCGCUCAGGCCUGCAUGACCCAGGAGGCGGCGGUGGGGCUGGGUCCGGCCCUGGAGGACCAGCGCUGCAACGGAAGCCUGCACAAGAAGAGCCUGAGCCAGGCGGCUGGGGAGGACAGCGGGGGCCAGAGGUACAGCGCCGACCCCACCAUCUUCCUGGGAGAGAGGCCGUCCAGAGGGGACACCGACGAGGACGGAUACAUGACGCCGAUGAAGGAUAAGAGCUCGUCAGAAUAUCUGAAUCCCAUUGAGGAGAAUCCGUUCGUGUCGCGACGCAAAAACGGCGAGAUCCACGCCUUGGACAACCCCGGCUACCACAGCACGCCCAACAGCCAGCCCAAAGGGGAGGACGAGUACAUCAACGAGCCCCUCUACCUCAACACCUUCCACAGCCCCGCCGAGCUGGGCCUGGAAGCUCUGAGGAGAAACGGUUUGCCGUUACCCACCCAGGUUCCCUCCUCCAUCCCGGCCACGACCUCAGGCUCCCACCUCCCGCUGACCAUCCAGACCAGCCUGCCCCACUACCCCCUCUCCGCGGCGCAGCCGUCUCCGUCCGGCAUGCCGUGCCACCACGGCGCCCCGACUCACAUCCUCCACGGCCACCACACCAUCAAACCUGGCAUGCCGGGCGCCCUGGGCCAGAGCCAAACGGGAACUUCUGCUCAGGCCCAGAUGAGCCAGUCGGGCGCCCUGUCCACCUCGGCCACCAUCGGGCACGGCGGCCUGCCGGCCUACCAGAGCCUCACCUCCACGCACCCGGCGAGCAUGCUGAAGCACGGCGGGCUGACGUCGGGUAAAGCCACCGGGAAGAAGCUGAAGGUGACCUUUGACAAUCCAGAAUACUGGCAGCACAGCUUGCCUCCCAAAUCGUCGAAUCAGGCGGUCCCCGAUGGCGCCCAGGGGGGCUCCACCAACUCAAAGCUCUUCUACAAGCAGAAUGGACACAUACGGCCAGCGGUGGCCGAGAAUCCCGAGUACAUGUCUGAAUUUUCCCUCAAAUCCGGCACCGUCUUGCCCCCUCCGCCCUACAGGCAGCGAAACACUGUGGUCUAGAUCGGUUCCACUCCACAAACGUUUGCCCGAUCUCGUCUCCGGCAUCGUCUCCGGCUCCAAGCCAAGGCCACAACCAAAGCCGGCCCAUCAUCCUCCCUCCAGACAACGCGCCAUCUGCUGUAGAUUGUAGCAACAUCCAACGGAAGUGGACCCAACCAAGAGGAACCGCACCUUCACCCGAUUCACCCCGACCCAUUUCUGACC